AUGCGCCGUGGUUCUAAGCGCUCCCUCGAGGAGCUUGCCAACAAGUCCGACUCGAACGACGAAGACUGGAGCGAAGCUUCCCAGCAUGGCAAUUCGCGACGGGUUUCUCGAAAGACCAAGUCGAGCCCCAAGAAGCGAUCCAGACCUGCCAAAAAACGGCGCCGCAACUCAGGCGAUAUUGUUUCGGACGAUGAGGUCUUGACCACCGACGAUGAAGACUUGUCCAUUCAAGAAUCAGAAGAUUCCGACGACCCUACCGUUCCCCGCAAUGCACGUGGAACGGCACGCCGUCGAACAACCCAGAACCGCCCCUUCUACGAAGAGCCAGAUUCAGAUGAUGCAUCCCCAGCGGACGAUGAAGACGAUGAAGCCAUUAAAUCACCACCAAAGACGAAAAGAACUGUUGUGAAACUGAAGCUUCGACCGGAGAUUCUGUCACAGCCUGAUCUCUUAGUCAACCGACGCACCACUCGCCGCACCCGGGGUGCCUCAGAAGACAUCUACGCUCUGACUAAUUCAGGCCGACACAUGGAAACAGUCGAGCGAGGUACAGCAAGCCCUGAUCCCGAAGUGAGACGACAAGGUUCUCGAGCCCCUCGCGAGUCGGCCAUCCCUGAGGAAUCAACGGAGGCUUCUGCAGAGAUCCAGGCUUCACUUGAGGUCUUGGAAAGCGAUGCCCCAGCUGAAGGCGAUACUGUCUUUGGCUUGGAUGGAGGGCAAGACCAGGUCGACACUGAGAUGUCAAUGGACGGCGUCGUUCCCGAGUCUGAGAACGGAGAAGCGAAGAACGAGAAGAACGACGAGGACGAAGACGAAGACGACGAAGAUGCAGGCCCCAUCACCCGUCGACGAACCAGACCAAAUUUGCUGGAACUACCGGAUGAAGAUGAGGCUGAGGACGCAAUCGUGGCUCCGGAUGCUGAGGAUGAGCCUAAACUCCGCCGAUCUGACCGAUCUGGUCGCAAGCAGCCAUCUCGAAGCUCACAGCGUAAAAAUGGAGAUGACGAGAGUGAUUUUGAACCGGAGGAAGAAGAUUCUCCUGACGAUGAUGCCUCAGAAUCUGGGAAGUCUGCUGCGUCUCCGCAGAAGAGUCAGGGUCGCGAUGAAGAGGAGGACAGCACAGGUGGACGUCGCCUGCGCAGUAGAGCAUCUCGUUCUCGAGCUGAGUCGGAACUUGCAGAUGAACUUGCCGAGGAAGUUCAAGACCUGCGGCCAAACCGUCGACGACGCGGACGUGUGCCGGAGAUAAUCUAUGAAAAUAAGCCGCGACGCAAUCGCAAGGAUGUUGACUACCGCAUCAUUCGCCCUGAUCUGAUGAUCGCUACGGAUGAUGUUGAGAAUGAAAUCACCGAGUCUCCUUCUCGUCGUGGACGCGGUGCUGGGGGUGGUGGUGGUGGCUGGCAGCGAACCCUCUUCCCAACAUCAGGUCCCUUUGGCGGCGGUGCCCACCCGUCUGUACUCGGUCCCCCUGGUGCUGCCGGCGCAGCUGGAGGUGUCGAUAGCGACAGCAGUGACGAUGAGUUUGUUCAACAACCCAAGGGCGCCGGCCUCCCUGGUGGUCUUGUGCCCCAAACCCACAAUGCUGAGGGCCAACACCUCGCAGGCACGCCAGCAAACUUUGGCAAGCUCCAAGACAAGCAAACCUUGGCGGACGCAGAUCCACUGGGUGUGGACCUGAAUGUCAAUUUCGAUAGCGUGGGAGGCCUUCAAGGACAUAUCGAUCAAUUGAAGGAGAUGGUUUCUCUUCCGCUGCUGUACCCAGAAAUCUUCCAGCGCUUCCAUAUUGUUCCUCCUCGAGGUGUGUUGUUCCAUGGACCUCCAGGAACCGGUAAGACGCUUUUGGCCCGAGCUCUGGCCAACAGCGUCAGUUCCGAAGGCCGCAAGGUCAGCUUCUACAUGAGAAAGGGCGCCGAUACGUUGAGCAAAUGGGUCGGUGAGGCCGAGCGACAAUUGCGGCUUCUCUUUGAAGAAGCUCGUAAGAACCAACCGAGUAUCAUUUUCUUCGAUGAGAUUGAUGGAUUGGCUCCCGUGCGAUCGAGCAAACAGGAACAGAUUCAUGCCUCAAUCGUAUCGACCCUGCUGGCGUUGAUGGAUGGCAUGGACGGUCGAGGCCAAGUCAUUGUGAUCGGUGCCACAAAUCGGCCUGACUCAGUUGAUCCUGCCCUCCGCCGGCCCGGUCGGUUCGAUCGGGAGUUUUACUUUCCUCUUCCCAACAUUGAAGGCCGGCGCGCCAUCCUCGACAUCCACACCAAGGGCUGGGACCCAGCGCUUCCAGGCGACGUGAAGGAUGAGCUCGCGAAGAUUACCAAAGGCUAUGGAGGUGCCGACUUACGAGCCCUUUGCACCGAAGCCGCUCUCAAUGCUGUGCAGCGAAGGUACCCUCAGAUCUACAAGUCGGAUCAGAAGCUUAUCAUCGAGCCGAAGAACAUCGACGUUCUUCCCAAGGACUUUAUGAUUGCAGCCAAGAAGAUGGUUCCCUCUUCAGAAAGAUCUACUUCAUCAGGAGCAUCGGCAUUACCCCACAAUGUUGAGCCUCUACUCCGUCAGUCUUUGGCUGAUAUCCAGAAGGCUCUGUCAGAGAUUCUCCCGCAGCGGAAGCGGUUGACUGCCUUGGAAGAAGCCCAAUACGAAGAGCCAGCGGACAACAACGGGUUCCGCCGUGAGCAGAUCAUGCAGGAAUUCGAUCGGUCGCGGGUAUUCCGCCCGCGCAUGCUUGUCCGUGGUCCCCCAGGAAUGGGCCAGCAAUAUCUUGCAGGCGCCCUCUUGCACCAUUUCGAAGGUCUACAUGUCCAGGCUUUCGAUCUUCCCACCUUGCUUAGCGAUUCGACCCGAUCUCCCGAGGCUACGGUUAUUCAGCUUUUCGCGGAAGUCAAGCGACACAGACCGAGUGUGAUUUACAUUCCUAACAUCCAGACAUGGUUCGAGACAGUCGGACCCACUGUUAUUUCCACCUUCUUGGGUCUGUUGCGAUCAUUGCCUCCAUCUGAUCCAGUCUUGUUACUCGGUGUUCUUGAGUCCAGUGGACAAGAUGUGGAUGAAGCCUUGGUUAAGCAAUUAUUCGGAUUCUCGAAGAGAAAUUCGUUUGAUCUUCCGUUCCCUGACGCAGGUGCACGUUCUCAGUUCUUCGAUCAACUCAUUGACUACAUCAAAACCGCCCCCUCCGAUUUCCCUGAUCCCGAGAACCGCAAGAAACGUCAGUUGGAAGAGCUCGAGGUUGCGCCUCCACCCCCCCCCCAAAGCGAGCAACCUCUCAGCAAGGAACAGCGCAAGGCCCAGAAGAAGAAAGAUCGCCAAACCCUGAACCUUCUCAAGAUUCGAAUCCAGCCUAUCAUGGAUCAAAUCAAGAAGUACAAGCGCUUUCGCAGUGGUGUAGUUGACGAAAACCACAUCAAAUAUUUGUGGGAUGAAGCAGACCCGAACAUCAUUACCAGCGACCUGCCUCCCGACCAGCAAAACAUUUAUCGUCCAUAUGAGAAGGCCGUUGAUAAAAAUGGUGUCCCAGGUCUUCUUGAGGUUGCUACGGGGAAGUUCUUCUACAACAUGGAGAUUGUGACCAUAGAGAAGCGUCUCUCGAACGGAUACUACAAGCGAUCUAGUGAUUUCCUGGCGGACAUCAAACGGAUUGCAAAGGAUGCUCGCCAGCUGGGAGAUCAGGAUCGACUGUUGCGAGCGAACGAACUACUGUCCAACGUUGAAGUCGACAUUACCACCAUUGAGCAAGCUGAUCCGGCUCUCGUGGCAGAAUGUGAGGCUGUUUACCUGCGAGAGACCGCCCGUGAGAAAGAAGCCGCCGAGCGUGCCCAGCUCGCUCAAGAAGCAGAGGAGCAACGGCUACGAGAGAUAGAAGAAGCUGAAGACGCGGCUGAAGCGGCUGAGGAUGCUGCCGCCAAUGCUGCUGCCACUGCUGCUCAAGGUUAUACCGAGUCCAAUCUAUCCAAUGGUCCGAACCAUUUGGGCGAGUGGGUUCCAGAAAUCAGAAAGACAGACGUACGCCCAGUUACACCUUUGAACCAGUCACACGUGAGCUUCGCGAAUGGAUACCACAACGGCGGUGGCUCAGACCUGAAUGAGCCUGGCCCUCACGGCCUGAGCAACGGGUCCCAUGGGGAUGGCGACGGCGACGUGUUCAUGUCCAAUUCCGAUGAUCACUCGGGAAGCAAAGAUACGACGACUAGCUCGUUUGGGCCUUCUGCGCAACCUAAGCCUGCAUACUCGCACACUGCCCCGUCCCAGCAAAUUCGCCGUGAGUCUGGCAUGUCCAGCUUAUCUCAAAAGGGUCCCAUGACGCCCAUGGCUCCUGGAUCUCAACCCGGAGACUACACCAACGAAGCGUCUACAACCCAGACUACAUCAUACAAGAAGUCAUCUGAGCACUCUUCGAAUCAACAAGACCACACACAAAGCCCCCAUGUUUCUCGACUUGAAUAUCCCGAUCUCACUCAAUACCCCGACCGUGUCUCGCAAGACGACCAUUUGCCUGAUACCCAGCAAGGUGGCAGCAGCCAACUUUCCCCUCGCCCUAGGGAUUCGCUGGCUUCCAACCAAACAGAGGUUGACAAUAGCCUACUAAAUGGAAGUCAAUCGCAAUCGCAAUCGCAAUCCAAGCCUCAGCCUCCACUGUUCGGUGAAGAUGCUUCUAAGCCUACAAACCACGCUCUCAACCUACAGUCACUCCUCGUCGACGAGCCUGCGCCCGAGCUCGUCAUUGACCAUGACCAUGUUAGCCGCCUUCACGCCCAGUUGGCCAAGCGGACCAGUGGAUUAUCUGUUGAGCAGCUGGAGCAAAUCAACACAUUCCUCAUGGACUUUGUGUGGCACAUGCGCGGUGAGUGGGACCGCAACAAAGUAUCUCAGGGCAUUCAGGAGACUUUUGAGGAAGUCCUGGAAGAUUUGCUGGCCAUGCAGGACAUCGGGCCGACCAGCCAGAGCCGCGAGGCUUUGAAUUCAAGCUUCUAA